GAUUGGCAGAGCCUUGCUGUUUCUUCUGGAUUGACCCGCUGUUGCUGAUUCAUGAAUGAUCCUUGCGAGUCCUGCUGUUGCUGAUUCGUGAAUGGUGUUUGCGAGUGGGUCCAGCUGCCGCUGCUUCACGUGAACUGAACUGCUGUUAUCCUGGCAACGCAGAUUGGAUUUGCUCCAAAGAAAUUUCUAAACAGUUGGAAGAGCAGGGUGAUUCGAAUAAUUGGCACAGAGGUUUCAUUUGUGGCCCUUGGAGAAAUUCUGAGCAAGUCAUUCAACGGCAUCCACGGCAUCCACGAGGACAGGGUUAGUUCAGCUUCUGGCUCCGCUUGAGACAGGCAGAGCCCUCUUGGAGCCAACCUGAAGCCGCAGGAGGAGGUGCUGUGGAAGUGAUGGCAGCAUCCAAGUUCUGGACCAAGCCUCUGGGUAAGCAGGUCUGACUACCCCUGUGGCUCAGAGAUCCUGUGAUAGCCACCAUGAUGGAUGAUGACACUGAGUUGAGGACUGAUGGAAACUCUCUCUUAAAAGCUGUGUGGCUAGGGAGGCUUCGGUUGACCAGACUCCUCUUAGAAGGAGGAGCUUACAUCAAUGAAAGCAAUGACAAAGGAGAAACAGCUCUCAUGGUGGCAUGCAUUACCAAACACGUGGACCAGCAAAGCAUUAGCAAGUCUAAGAUGGUGAAAUAUCUGUUGGACAACAGGGCAGACCCCAAUAUCCAGGAUAAGUCUGGUAAGACUGCGCUCAUCCAUGCUUGCAUCAGAAGGGCUGGGGGAGAAGUGGUGUCCUUACUGCUGGAGAAUGGAGCAGACCCCAGUCUUGAGGAUCGAACCGGGGCCUCGGCUCUGGUUUAUGCAAUAAACGCAGAUGACAAGGAUGCACUGAAGCAUCUCCUUGAUGCCUGCAAAGCCAAAGGUAAGGAAGUAAUUAUUAUAACAACAGACAAAUCAUCGUCAGGUACCAAAACCACCAAGCAGUAUCUCAAUGUCCCUCCAUCACCAAAGGUGGAAGAUAGACAGUCGCCACCACUGUGUGCAACUCCUUCUGACGUUGAACUAAAGGCUUCUGGCCUGAGUUCUCCACCCAGUGAGAAGGAUGAUGACUUCUUCAUCCUACAGACAGGACACCAAAGUGGCUGUAGUACUUCUAAGGUCCUUAACGAGCCUGGAUCACCCACCAGGAAAGUGUCUAGCCUCAAAAGGGCCCGUCUGCCUCAACUGAAGCGACUCCAGUCUGAACCCUGGGGCUUGAUUGCGCCCUCUGUGCUGGCUGCUGCUGCACGCCAGGAUGAAACCCAUGGCACAAGCACAGACAAUGAGGUCAUCAGGAGUAUCAAUGACCUGUCCUUCCCCAAAAGGGGACCCCUCUCCAGAGCCAACAGCAUUGACAGUAAAGACCCUACUAUGUUCCCCACAGUCCAGGAACAAGUUCUGAAGGUUUCAUCUUCAACACCAGCUUCCUGGAAAGCAGCUUAUGAGAAAGGCCAGGCUCCCCACCCACGCCUGACCAGGAGAGGAACGCUUCCUGUUGACCAAGAGAAGGGUGGGAUGUGUCCACCAGGACCCUCAACUCUGAAAGAUACAGCAUCUCUCAAGCUGUUGGAAAAUGACCUCUAUGACUUAGACAUACAGCCAGGGGGUGACCCACCCAACUCUAUGUCCCUUGAGUCAGGCAAAGGACCUUUAGAUAGAAAGAAGCUCAACAGCUCCCACUUGUCCCUUUUCCAUGGCUCCCGAGAGUCCCUGGAUGCUGUACCAAGCACAUCUCCCAGUUCAGUUCGACGCAGGCCACCUCAUCUUCUAGAAAGAAGAGGUUCUGGAACUCUCUUACUAGACCGCAUUGCUCACACGAGGCCUGGCUUUCUGCCCCCUUUAAAUGUGAAUUUGAACCCACCUAUCCCAGAUAUUAGAGCCAGCAACAAACCAGCUUCCCCACUUGCUAGUGGCUUAAAAUCUAUGGUUCCUGUUGCUCCAAAUUCACCAAAGAGAGUUGACUUGAGAAGUAAAAAGAAACUCCUUCGAAGGCAUUCUAUGCAGAUUGAGCAGAUGAAGCAGCUGUCCGACUUUGAAGAAAUCAUGGCCUAGAACUCUUUAAAAACAGCUCCCUGGAGCUUAAUGUAUAGAAUAAGGAAGAAACCUAAUCUAGAGCAACACAUUCCCAUAGUCCCCCUUCACCCCAAUCAUGAUGUGUGGCAACAUCAGAAAACAUGGUGACUGGGUGUAAGCUCACUUCUGAGUCAAACCCAACGGUCAUUUCAGAGUGUCGUUUCUGAGAUGACCCCUGGGUGUGGCUGCUGUUGCUCUUGUUGUGCAUAUUAAAAAGAGCUCAGGUUAACUGGGUUUUGGAGAUGAAGUUACAGGAAUAAAAUAUAUUCCCCAAAGGAAAUACACAUGCGUAGUUGGAAAGUAACCAUGCAAUUUUAAUGGUUAGUAUUUUCUGUCAGAAAAGCAGAGAACAUAGAUUUAAAACAUGAGGUUGUAUUUGGAAUAUUCCAUUUGUAGUCUAUAAAGUGCCUAAAAAGAAAAGGAAGUUUUUAUAUUUUCUGGAAUGUGGAAAAAUUCAAAACACCCCAAACUACUAUAUCUAAACACCUGGGUUCUUUAUGAUGAAGGAGAAGCAAAAUGUUCCCUUGUAGAAGAGGUUUUAGCAUGUAAGUCCCACCUCUCUCUGCGCUGUGAGCAUUGCCAAGAAAUAGGGACCAUUCAGAUUCCUUACUAAUGUGUUUUAUUCAUAUACUAAUCUGGAUGUGCCAUGUCCAGAUACCCAAAUACCACAUUUAUGGUAUUAUGGCUCUCCUCUGAUGUGCCACAGCAGUUGGUAACUCAGAGAUGAGCCUUCUUUGAGAAAUAAAGCCAGAGACAUCAGAAAGACUCCAUGAUAAAACUGUGUAGAGCACCCCCUUAGGAAAAACCACCCAUAAUUAAGUUGAACUCAGACAUGAUAUAAUUGACCCAAUCAACCUUUACAAAUAUCUCCUGAUUAUAUGGAAAACAGUUUGGGGAGAUUUAUGGAAAGCAUAAUGAUAAACAACCAUGAAAUGUGUGCAGAUUAAGCACUGCAGGGCGUGGUUCUCCAGCUGGAUGCAGCACGAACUAGUUCUAUUUUUUAAGCCUAAACAUUUAACGGAGGGGGUGCAAACCAUCAUUCGUCUUCAAUGAUCUGAGUCAUUUUAGAGCAAGCUGGUUUCUUUACCUGCAUCGUCUAGGUGAUGGAGGACUUAUAUAAAGAAAGGACCUCUAUAGUUCUUUCAAGGCAUGAGCAAAACCCACAGAAGAGGAGGUCUUAGCACAUUUGGCGCAAUGGAGACACACUCUUAAGUGAGAAGAUUCCUGACCUUCCCCCAUUUAUUUUUCCUCCCAUGCUGUGACGGUGCAUUUUUUCGGUGGUUAAGAAGCUGAGGUGUUUCCGCAGAUAGCAUCAUGCAGAGAAAGAAUCAGGCUUUGGGUCUCAUUUUCUAGUAUUUGAUUGUAGGGAAGUAGCAAUAUUACCUCAAGUUUCCAUUUCAUCAGCUGUGAAAGGAGAUUCACAACGUCCAUGAAGUUGUGCUUAGGAUUAAAUAAUGAAGCAUACAGAAGUGUCAGAUUAUGUGUCUGGCAUGGGUACAAAUCAUUAGAUAAUAAGUAGCUACUCUUUAAGGUAUUUCUUGAGAUCCUGGUAAUCUCAAAAAUCUGCAGCAGUAACUGACACCCAAUACAAAACACUCAAGCUUAGAUAAAAGAUUCCAGUGUCUCCAUGAGACCCUCAGUGAUUCUAUAAAUAUCAAUUCCUAAAAACCCAUUUAUCACAUAAAACAAUUGCCACAAAAACUCUGGUUUUAUCUCUUGCAUAUCUCUAUAAGAUAAUAUGAUGGAAAUUUAUCUACACAUUUCAAAAUAUUGUUAGUAAUAUUUAUAAACAAAAUGAAAUGCUUAUUUUUUAAAAUGAAUUUCUUUAAGAUGACUGCCUACUGGAUAUUAGAGCUUUUGGCUCACUGGGCUGGUCACUGUUUGGGGUGUAUGCCCUAGGCAUUGUGGAAUGAAUAACAGUAUCCUGACACUGCUUAAUGCAUGACAGUCUGACACACACACCCAAUGAUGACAACCAGAAAAACUCUAGAUGUGUCCAGAUGUCUUCUGGCUGAUGCCCACCACUGUUCUUAAUAAAUACAGUAUAUAAUAGAAAUAUGCCAUGCCAUUUGAGAAUAACAAAGCAAAUUGGUUCAGAAUUCUUAGCAAUGCACACCAACAGGAGUAUUAGAGGUUUUGUACUUUGCAGGAAAGGAAUCGUAUUAGAAGCAAGGUAUACUAAGUGGAGAAGGUCAGGGGCUGCAUGAACUUGGUUUAGUGUGAAAACCCUUUAAGUUUUCCAGAACCGUAUAGUAGUUCUCACCAAGUAGACAUGAUAACAGGCAAAUAACAGCUCUGAAUUCAUUAAAGAGAAAAAUCCUAGAAAUAACCACUGGUUUCAUCACACACACACACACACACACACACACACACACACACACACACACACACACCACAGCACAUUUCAAGUACACUUUAAGCUAUUAUUC